UAAGUAUCAAAUGGUUAUAACUAUAGUAAGGGUAACAAACUGCUGAAGAGCGCCAAAAAGAAGUUAAUUGAUCCCAAAGACAAAGAAGUGAUGUCUCCUAAUGUGUCCAUUGGUUUCGAUAAGCCUAAGCCAAAGCCAACCAAUGCUUUAGGUUUAGCUACUCUUCCAGCGAUCAGUUGUGAAACGAAAGAGAAUUCCAUUGUUUUGAAGGAAAUUGAAGGCCAGAGGAAGAAGAGGAUUAAAGUGGAGACUACUCUCGACUCUGAAGUGAUUAUCUCCAGCAGAGGACCCGACGUUCAAAUCAAGAUUCCCGAGUCAUUGAAGCAGUGUUUGGUCGAUGAUUGCGAUCUAAUGGGUCUCAAGAAAUUGGUUCGCUUGCCAUCGAAAGUGUCGGUCAAUCGGAUUGUUGAGGAUUACGUCAAACAUCAACUCAACACAAGACUUAGUCCGAGCAAAGAGAGUGCCGUCAGGGAAGGGGCCGAAGCCAUCAAAGUCUACUUCAACGCCUCUAUUGGCACUCAACUACUCUAUCCUUUCGAGAAAAUUCAGUUCAAGGAUCUGAUCAAAGAAUCCGACGACGACUCAAAGGCCUCUGCAAUCUAUGGCGGCAUUCAUUUGUUGAGAUUAUUUGUAAAACUCGGAUCACUUCUCUCUUAUCUGAAUUUGGAUGAAAAGAGCUCUCAUUUGAUUUUAGAUCACAUUCACGACUUUCUUAAGUAUUUGGAGCGAAAUCCAUCCCUUUUCACAGCCAAUGAAUACGAGUCAGCGUCGGCCGAGUAUCUUAAGAAGUCAUCUUAAUUGUGUUUACUAUUAAAUCUAUGUUAUUUUUCUAUUAAUUAAGUUCAAAAUCGUGGUAUCAUUUAAUUUAAAUAUUGUUUUGAAUCAUUUGAAAUAAAUUGAUAUAAAUUUCGUACGAAUUUUUCAACCAAUGAA